AUGACUGACGGCGACGGCGAUAUCACCAGUGGCAAUAUGGGUGUUGUCGAUAAUCGAUUGAUUAGCACACCGCAACGGAACACCGGUGUUGGUGAUGUUAACGGAGGUACUCUGUUUCCAGGGCAGGUCCAUAUGUCUAGUCAUCGGGCGACCGCCUCCAUGUAUCCCAUGACGCAGCACCCGUCGGGUUUGUCGAGUGUGGAUCAAGUUCCGGAUAGGUACAAUCUGAUCUUCGUUCCGUUCACCGGGGUCGACAACAACAAAUGGUGCGUCACUUUUGGAGCUGGCCUUUUGUUUUGUGAGACAAUUGAGGCGUACACGUGGCUGCUAAAGGCUUUUCUCGAGGCGCACAACAAGCAGCCCACCCAUGUGCUAACUAACCAAGAUCCGGCCUUGCGACCAGCUGUCGGUGAGGUCGCACAUAACUCUGAAUUCAGGGCUGCCAUACAUAAACUGGUAUGGAACAUUUAUAUUAAACCGGAGACAUUCGAGAGGUGGUGGGGAAAGCUGCUAGAGAAGUAUGGGGUCGAAGAUCACGAGUGGCUGAGAGACAUGUACAACAUAAAGGAGCUAUGGGUCCCAACAUACAGGCAGAGGGUUGUGGACUUCAAGGCGGCUGAUCGCGCACACGAGUUCAAGACUGGUCUGGCGAUAGAAAAGCACUGCAUGUUAUUGUAUUCCCUGGCCAUUUUCGUUGAGGUUCGCAAAGAGAUUCUAAAGGGCCUUUUAGACUGUUACACCACUGGUGUCGAAGAAGUCGACGGCAGAAGGAUAUAUACUGUUACGCAUUUGGACAAUCGGUUAAAGUUAACCCAGUGUAGGACACUACAACAUGCUCCUGUAACCUGUGGUGCCGUAUCGGAUAUCUUUGCAGGCAUAUUUUCUGCGUCUUCCGGUAAACAAAGGUGGACCAAAUACUGGAUAAGUAUGUGGUAUGGGGUAGAUAUGUCCCCGGUUACGUUGACCAGGAACAACCUAGUAGAUUGUUUCUCUGAGGCGCUAGAGGAUGUGGUGGGCGACCGGGCAGCAAUGGAAGAUUUCAUUGAGAAAAUCAAGGCCUGGAGGAAAGAACUGACUGACGCUCGGCGUGGAAAAAUAAUCGUUGAGGCGACAAAAACACAGGUUAUGGCUGAUAUGCUUGGAGUACUAGUGCAAGGUGACAGUAGCACCCUCGUUUCCUGCUCAAACCCUCAAGGCGUAUGCAAUAAGGGAUGCGGCACCAACAAACGUAUGAUUGGGUCGGGGGAGAGGGUUGCCCAGAAUCAUCAGAAGCCCCAGCGAUUAUGCAGAAUAUGCAACCAGUAUGUAACCGGGCAUGACUUGCGUAACUGCCCGGAGAAACGGACGAACGCAGAACCUUAG